AUGGCAUUACCUUCGUCGAAAAAGACUCAUCUGGAACAACAUAAACAGAUUCUUAAACAGUUAUUAAAAGAAGAUGCCAAUAGAACUUGUGCUGAUUGUAAAGUUUCCAAAAACCCUCGAUGGGCAUCAUGGAAUUUAGGGUGUUUUAUUUGUAUUCGAUGUUCGGGGAUCCAUCGUAGUAUGGGAACUCAUAUAUCCAAAGUGAAAAGUGUUGAUUUGGAUGCAUGGACCGAUGAUCAAAUUGAAAAUAUGGUCAAAUGGGGUAAUGCCAAUGUCAAUCAAUAUUGGGAAGAUAAAUUGCCUAGUGGAUAUAUUCCCGAUCAACUGAAGAUUGAAAAUUUUAUUCGUACAAAGUAUGAUUUGAGAAAAUGGACCAUGAGUAAGAACUUGCCUGAUCCAUUGUCAUUGAAUAAAAAUAAAGCUGCCACUACUGCCACUAUUCAACAACCCAAGCAUGAGUCGAAAUCUCACUCAAAUACCACAUUACUGAAUGAUAUCAAUUUAUUGGAUGAUAACAGUGGUAACAAAAGCAAUGACGAAGAGUUUGGAAGUUUCACUGCCACAAGGUCUCCUCAUAAAAGAAGUAAUAAGUUGGCACCACCACCUACAAAGACUGUGUUACCUGCUGCACCAACAACAUCAAGUUCACCACAACCACAACACCAACACCAACCACUUCAAUCUGCACAAAAUACUGGCGGUAGUGUUUCAAGCAUGGGAAGACCUGAUUUGAAAAAAUCAAUCCUUUCAUUAUAUGCAUCUCCUUCAUCUUCCAACAGUUUUAUACAACAGCAACAACAACAACAACAGCAACCACAACAACCACUUGGCAUGAAUUCAUUAUCAAAUUCGUUGUCGAGCUUGAAUAUACAAGGUGGUAAUUCCACCACCAACAAUAACAACGUGUACCGUUCAUCAACCACAGUGAACACACAAAAUAACCAUACUCAACAUCAUCCAUUAGUCAAUUCAACCCCAUCACUUAAUAACAAUCAACCCAAACAAAAUUGGAACAAUGAAUGGACUACCGAUACAUUUACUUCUUCCCCAUCAAUCCCAUCAUCCUCGGCAUCAUCAUUAGCUGGUACUUCUAAUUAUAAGACCACCUCGUCAUUAAACGUCAAUGGGUUAGAUGACGAUUUGUUCAAGAAUGUAUGGGGGUGA